AUGGAAGCAGAGCUCAAGGAGCUGCUGGGCGCCGCCUCGUCUGUCGUCGGGCGCAAUGCGCAGAGUGGUACUUUACGGAAUGAGGAUUUCCGGCAACUGCUCACAAAGAAGGCAGCGCAGGCAUCAGCGAAUGCGGCCAAUGCAUCACCACAGACGCAGCCCACUCACUCAUUCAGUCAUCGUCAGGCUGCCGACUCAAAAAGGAUUUCCGGCACAACUGUGAAAACAAAGAAACCGAGGGAACGAGUCAACGAGGAUGAUGAGGAUAACAUAUUUGGGCCUUCAAAUUUGAAUGAAAUUUUAAAAAAUUACCGUGAUCGUGCCGAAGAAAGACGCAAAGGCAUUGGCAAGGAUGAUACGGUGGACGAUUUGCAAGCUAGUAACGCCUACCGGGCAGUCCCUGGCGACGUUCGUGCAACAGCUGAUGCGGCACAACGUCGGAAGCAAGCUAUUCAGGAAAGUAAAUAUCUCGGCGGUGACAUGGAACACACUCACUUGGUGAAGGGCCUCGAUUACUCACUGCUCCAUAAAGUUCGUUCGGAAAUUGCUAUGAGAGAGCAGAAGAAUGAUGAGGCUUUGGAAUCACAGUAUAAU